UUAGAGGUUGAACCAACAACUUGUUUCUUUUUCCGGUCGCUCGCUGUUUUUGAUCUUCUGAGGGAGCUGAAGCGGCCGACACCGUGGACUGGACAUCAUGACACUGUUUCACUUUGGGAACUGCUUUGCAUUGGCUUAUUUUCCUUAUUUUAUCACAUACAAGUGCAGCGGACUAUCAGAGUACAAUGCUUUCUGGAGGUGUGUUCAGGCUGGAGCUACGUACCUGUUCGUUCAGCUGUGUAAGAUGCUGUUCCUGGCUACGUUUUUCCCCACCUGGGAAGGAGGAGCUGGUGUUUAUGACUUCGUAGGGGAGUUUAUGAAGGCCACAGUGGACUUGGCCGACCUGUUGGGUCUCCACCUUGUGAUGUCCCGUAAUGCUGGGAAAGGAGAAUAUAAGAUCAUGGUGGCGGCUAUGGGCUGGGCUACGGCCGAACUUGUGAUGUCCAGGUGUCUUCCUCUGUGGGUUGGUGCCCGAGGGAUCGAGUUUGACUGGAAAUACAUACAGAUGAGCUUCGACUCAAACAUCAGUCUGGUCCAUUAUAUCGCCAUGGCAGCAGUGGUGUGGAUGUUUACGCGAUACGACCUUCCGAAGAGCUUCAGGCUUCCUGUUACGAUUCUGCUGGCGCUGUGUGUUUACAAGGCCUUUUUAAUGGAGUUAUUUGUCCACGUCUUCCUGCUGGGCAGCUGGAUGGUGUUGUUGGUGAAAGCCGUGCUGACCGGCGCCAUCUCUCUGUGUUCACUGUUCCUCUUCGUCACUCUGGUCCACAGUAACUGAACCUCGGCACCCUGCUGGGAUCAGAAUUGGUUCCGGCUCGGAUCAGAACAGGACAUUAAUAAAUCAGGACCUGACUUCACAUUCAGAGGGAGAAAAAAAAACACCACUUCAUUUGUUUUGAGUUGAACCUGUUUGAUCUGCGAACAGAAGAACUGGGACUCACUGUGUUUCCAACAUGGAUGACACGUGUGACUUGGAGCCAUCAUGGAGAAAUGCAUUCUGGGUCGAUACCACGCUUUUAGUCCACCAAAUACUCAGAUAUCAGCGGUGCAAAGUGAAUUUACACACACACACAUAUAUAUAUAUAUAUACUUUUUGGGGAUUGUGUGGACUGUCAGUAUGUGGAUGUGAGUUUGAUUCCUGGUUUGUCUUUGCGUGACACUUUUCUUCAGACUCGACCCAGUCCGAUCCGGCUGUAAAUGGGUGACCAGCCUUGGCUGGGGAAGUAACCCGAGUUGGUCUGGCGUCCUGUCCAGUCAUAGACUCUGAUCCGCUUCACAGUGUGGAGUCUGGGGCUUGUCCCUGGCAUCAGUGAGCCUCAGAGCCUAAGCAGGACUUAGAUGUUCUUACUGCUGUAAACUGGAAAUGUUUUGAUCCAACAGUAUUCCUCCUGAACCGCUGAUAGAACUGAUAAACAAGAAAACGACUCUCUCUGUAACUUGUUUUUGAGACGAGCGUCAGUUUGUGGAAGGCUGCAGACACAGUGUGUGUAAUCAUAAUGUGGAUUUCAUGACAAAACAUAACUUCAGCACAGUUUGUCAAAUGGCUUUUUGCAAAUUUGGUCAUCAUGUGGAAAACUAUUAACACAGAAGCCCCAAAAUAUUAAAACCCAGUUACAGUUUUGAUGUAAAAUGAGAUCAAACCCGUUUCCGUCCUCCUGUGACCUUCGGGCUGUUUUUAAAUGAUCACUUUGAUUUAGCGGUAAAACCCUAAAAUGAUCAGAUUCUCUUUAAAAGCCCCGUAUUUGCUUUUGGUAAAAUGUUAUCAGUUCCAUUCCCCCCGACCCUGUAUUUGCAUUUGGCAAAAUGUUAUCAGUUCCAUUCCCACACUCCUCCUGUGACACCAAACAAAGACCAGACCUAUGAGCGGCGCAGAGGCAGUAACGAGCACACCUGGCCUCCUUUGGGGCUGAAAUAAUUAAAUGGUUCUUUGAGGGGAUUUUGGAGGAUUAAUCUUCAGAAACGUUUAUCUAACAAACCAACGCCACUGAAGGCAAAACCGAAAGGAGACAUACAGACAAUUGAACAGGAGGAUGAAGA